AUGUCUUCCGAAUCUACAGUGCCAAAACCUAUAUAUUCCCCGAAUCGUAUACGAUUGAAAACAACUGAUCAAAAUACAACUAACGAACAUGAAUUAUCCUCAUCGGGAGCAAGUGAAGAAAGUCAUACUCUAUUAUCUGAAACUGUAACAACAUUAGCGAGUAAUGUCUAUAAUGAAUUGGAACGUAUUAUAAAAAAUUUCGGUGAAAAUAGCGUAAAAGAUUUAAUGCCUGUCAUGAUAUCAACAUUAGAAUCACUCGAUAGUGCUCUUAAUGAACGGGAAGUUAGUAAACUUGAAAUUGAAUCCUUAAAAGAACAAAACGAACAAGUAUUUCAACAAUAUGAACGUGAAAAAGGUUUUCACAAAGAAUAUCAACAACGUUAUCUUCAAGUGGAAGAUCAUCUUGAAGAAAUGAAACGUGAAAAUGAUGAAAAAUUACAAAGUCUUGAAUCUAUUGUUAAAAUAUUUGAAAUCAAAUCACGAAAUGCAGCUGAUCAUGUUGCACGUUUAGAAGAAAAAGAAAACGAGACGAAAACAGAUUAUAAACGAUUACAUGAUCGAUAUUGUGAAUUAUUCAAAGCUCAUUGUGAUUAUAUGGAAAGAACGAAAAUUUUAUAUGGAACAGAUCGAGUAGAUCAAUUAACUGGAUCACAAAAUGCUUCAAGGUCUAGAGGUAAUCUACCAUUAGCAUCACAACAACAAUCACAAUUAUCAGACAAUGCAGAAUUAUCUUCGAAUGAACGAUUAAAUGAUGAAACAACUAAUAUUCGUCCAGAUAUAUCUUUUCAAAAUUCGAAACAACCAACAGUUGGUGCCAAUUUUCGUUCUGAACUUGAAGCCUCUGAUGGUACACACACUCAAACAGAAACUAAUACUACUAGUAGUAAUGACGCAGCUGUAAAUACAGAUUUCGAUGAUUCUUAUAUUGAAAAUUAUAAACGUGGACUAUUCUCGAAACUGCGAAGUCUCAAUAUUCUACCGGUGCCGUUCGAUGAACAAGAAUUCUUUGUUAAUGAAGAUGAAUUCGAGCAGACAAACAACACUGCAGAUAUUGCAGUGAGCGAUGAUGACGAUGAUAUGUCAGCGAAUGAUGCGAAAAAUGCAGAAGCGUUUUAUAAAGAAACACAAAAUGAAAAUAUUGAUAUAUCAGAUAUAGAUUCAUCAGCAGAUUUAUUUGUACGACAAAGCUUUUACGGUAUGACAAAAGAAGUAUCAAAUUUAAUCAAAGAAAAUAAUGAACUUCUUGAGACCAAAAAUGCAUUGAACGUACUUAAAGAUGAUUUAUUGGCAAAGAUUGAAGAAUUAUCAAAUGAACAAGAAAUGCUUCGAGAAGAAGUUAGUUCAUUACAAACAGUUAAAAAUCGAUAUCAAUCAAGAAUCACUGAAGUUGAAGAAGAGCUUCGUAAAACACGUGAAGAACUUGAAAAAAAGAAAAAAGAAGAAGAGGAAGAUGUACCGACAGCAGAUAGAAAGCGUUUUACACGGGUCGAAAUGCAACGCGUUCUACUUGAACGUAAUCAGUACAAACAACGUUUAUUUGAACUUGAAGAAGCCAUGCAUUGGCAAGAUGCUAUGCGAGCAUCUAAACAUGAACAAUUGCAUCCAUCGGCGGGUUUGAACGCAAUGAAUGAAAGCGCAUUUGAUCAUUCGCAAAACAAGAAAAGAACAACAUUUUGGAAACUUUUUUCCGGAUUAUUUGGUACUGGUGUUAGAGAGGUUCCACCUAAACGUACUGCUACAACUAAUCUAUCAACAUUGUCUGCAGUUAAACGUAGUUCAACAAACGAUCAACUAUCACCAGUAGCUCAUAAACAAGAAAGUACAACCGAAGAAAAUCGCCCAAUGGAACGAUCAGUAUCCGAAAGUACAUCUAUUGCUAGUAUACCAAAACAAACACCAGCAGCACGUCAAAGUAGUUCCAUUUUAAUUAAUGAUGAUAGUCGUCUUCAAGCAUAUGGUUGGAGUUUAUCAUCAAAAAGUCAACUAAAACUGUCCGAAAUCAAUGGUAAAGUUCAAGUUAAUGUACCUGUUCCAGUUUAUUGUCGGCCAAUAUUUAAUACCAAUGAUACAACACAAAUUUGGUGGGCCGUUGGUAUUGAUCUUGAUGGUUCAUCGCCAAUUAUUGAUGAAAAUUCUACAAGUAACGAUCCAUCGGUCGAUCAAUUAAAUAAACAAUUAAUUGAAUCGUACCAUCAAAUGAUUGAUGAACAAUGUUUAAAAUUAUCAUCAAUCGUUUGGAUUGCUGCUAAAUCAAAUGAUACAGCGAUGAUUACAAUUAUUGAUUCAAAUAAAGCAGAGAAAGUUAUUGAUACAUUUACAUUAGGAAAUACCGUUGUCUACACCAUGGGAAGUGUGCCUGGACCAACAAGUAAUGAUUAUACAUCAUUUGAAAAUUCAUCGUGGACGUUAUUUGAAGCUGAUACAGCAUCUGCUAGUGAUGUGAAAAUUACACCUUGUACUGUUGCAUCACUCUCUGUCGGUGGAAUUCGUUCAAGUACUUCGGACGCGUUUCCAGUGGAAUUAAAAGCACCCGAACAAGUUUUAGCUGAUUUAGCACGUCAACCUCCAAUUGUCGAUAAAACAGCUUGUUCAACGAAAUAUCCAACUGUUUGGUUAGGAUCAGGUGAUGGAUGGUUGUAUAUUCAUUCAGCAAUUAGUGAACAUAGAAAAACACUUGAAAAAGUUUGGCUUCGACAUGCUAUUUUCAGUAUUGUUCAUGUUCGUGGUCGAGUAUUUGUUGCACUUGCCAAUGAAAAAAUUGUUGUAUUUCACCGAAAUCUAGAUGGAACAUGGAAUUUAAAUAACAUUCAUUUAAUUGUAACUGGUAAAAGUCGUGAAUCAGUACGAUGCAUGAUUGGCGUUGGAGAAACACUUUGGUGUGGCGUAGCUAAUCGAGUUUAUGUUCUUCAUACGCAAACAUUAGAAGUUCGAAAACAAUUUGAUGUUCAUUCUCGUCCGGAUCAUUCAGUUCAACAUAUGACUUGGUCUGGUGAUGGCGUUUGGUUAUCUAUUCGCUUAUCAAGCACUUUACAAUUAUAUCACGCACAAACAUAUCAACAUUUACAAGAUGUUGAUGUUCAACCAUAUGUUGAAAAAAUGAUUGCAACAGAAAAGGCCGGCCUUUAUUUUGUUCAUAUUAGUGCAUUAACAAUUGCGUGCCGUCGUUUAUGGAUUGGUACUGGUAAUGGUAUUAUUAUUUCUGUUCCACUUACUGACAGUUCAACAACAACAACAACAACGACACCUGGUUCGUCAACAACGAAACCAGGUUCUGUUGUUCGCGUAUAUGAUCAAUCACCGUCGUCGAAUUAUAUUCCAUAUUGUAGCAUGAAUAAUGCUCAAUUAUCAUUUCAUGGUUAUCGGGACGCGGUGAAAUUUUUCGUCGCUGUACCCGGUCAACCACCAUCGAAAUUAGUUCAAGAUGAGGAAUCAUUAAGUUCAUCUGUAACUACAAAUGCAAAUGAUGCAUCAGCAUUAGCUUUCGGUGAUAUUCUUGUUGUAAGUGGCGGUGAUGGUUAUAUUGAUUUUCGUGUUGGAGAUUCAACGGCAGAAAAAAUUGACGAUGUAAAUACUAACAAUAGAAAUAUAUCAUAUCUUAUUGUUUGGCAUUUGGGUUCCACUUAA